ACCGCACCAACGCAAACCCUCACCACUCUCUCCUCCGUCUCGCACCAUUCCCUCGCCGCCGGCGCCGCCGCCGCCAUGCUCCGGCUCCAUCGCGGCGUUCUCGCCCAGGUCCUCUCGUCUCUCUCCGCCUCUCCCGUAUCCCCUCUCCACCGCCUCAUCUCCGCCGCCGCGCCCGCCAUUUCCCCAAACCCUAGCUUCUCUGUCGAGGAGUAUCUCGUCUCCACCUGUGGCCUCACCCGACCUCAGGCCCUCAAGGCCUCCCCGAAGCUCUCCCACCUCAAGUCCCCCGACAAGCCCGACGCCGUCCUCGCCUUCCUCGCCGGCAUCGGCCUCUCCACCGCCGACGUCGCUGCCGUCGUCGCCAAGGACCCGCAGUUACUCUGCGCCGGCGUGGAGAGCAUCCUGGCCCCCAACGUCGCCGCGCUCGCCGGCGUCGGGCUCUCGCGUUCCGACAUCGCGCGCCUCUUCUCGCUCGGCCGCUCCCAAUUCCGUAGCAGAGCCAUGGCAUCCACUCUACACUACUACCUGCACCUCUUCGGCUCCCUUGAGAACCUCCUCCGGGCGCUCAAGUAUGGCUCCCUUCUCUCCUCCGACAUCGAGGGUGUGGUCAAGCCCAAUGUCGCGUUCCUGCAGGAGUGCGGGCUAGCUACUUGUGAUAUUGCCAAGCUUUGUAUCUCCUGGCGAUAUCUGCUCCAAACCAACCCGGAUCGCCUACGGGAAAUGGUGGCAUGCGCCGAAGGUCUAGGUGUGCCCCGUGGAUCCCCGAUGUUCAGACAUGCGCUACGUGCUGUUGCAUUCCUCAGCGAGGAGAAACUCACCACCAAGCUAGAGCACUUGAAGAAAAUGUUCAGGUUGUCAGAUGCCGAGGUGGGCAUUGUUAUUUCUAAGGCUCCAGCAGUGCUGCUGAAGACUAAAGAAUCGCUGCAGCGCAGGUCCGAGUUCCUCAUGUCCGAGGUGGGCUUGGAACCGACAUACAUUGCUUAUCGGCCAGCAAUGCUCAUGUACAGCUUGGAGGGCAGGAUCAGACCCCGAUACUAUGUUGUAAAGUUUCUCAAGCAAAAUGGAUUGAUAGAUCAUGACCGGGACUUCUUUAAUACAGUCAUGGUCAGCGAGAAGGUAUUUAUGGAAAGGUUCAUAUGCCCUCACAAGAAAGCUGCACCGCAUCUCGCUGAAGACUACGCAACUGCUUGCAGAGGGGAAGUUCCUGCCAGAUUCAGUUUUACGUGAACCAAGACCGGUAUGAAAAUUGGUAUGUAGAUUAUGUCAUUCAGUAGAAAAGGAAACAUCGCACUGGUAUGCACUUGUUCUUAUUCGUGUCAUAUUGUCAGUUUGACACACAUAUUGGAACUAAGAGAGUGAGAUCAGGGCAUCCUGCAAAUUCUUUGAA